AUGACUUACAAACUUUAUAAUUACGAUCCUUCUGGCGCUGCGGCCGUUCCCUUUGCUGCCCUUUUCGGACUGGCAACAGCGAUCCAUGUUGCGCGGAUGAUUCGUGCGCGGAGUUGGUUCAUGAUACCAUUUACAAUUGGCUGUGUCUUCGAGACCAUCGGCUAUGUGUGCCGAUACAUCAAUUCAACGCAAACGCCGGACUGGACAUUAAUGCCCUAUGUCGGACAAAGUCUUCUUAUUCUUCUCGCUCCUGCCCUCUUUGCUGCUUCUGUCUAUAUGAUACUGGGACGUCUCAUUGUGGGAUUAAAUGCGAGUUCAAACUCGAUCAUCCGGCCGUCAUGGCUGACGAAAAACUUCGUGAUUGGAGAUGUUAUUUCCUUCUUCAUGCAAUGUGGAGGAGGAGGAUUCCUUUCCUCCGCGAAAACAAAGGAGGAUUUGGACAUGGGCGAGAACCUCAUCCUCGCCGGUCUCAUCGUCCAAAUAUUCUUUUUCGGAUUCUUCAUCAUAGUUUCAGUCAUUUUCCACCGACGAAUGCUGGCUUCGCCUAUGAAUUACGUUGCGGACGCCGGUAUCCCCUGGGCACGGCGUAUGAAGGUCUUGUAUGCCGUCAGUUGUCUUGUCAUGAUCCGUUCGGUCUAUCGAGUGAUCGAAUACGCGCAGGGAAGCGGUGGUUAUUUGCAAAGCAGGGAAGCAUUUGUUUAUGUUUUUGAUGCUGCUCUGAUGCUUGGUUGUUGCAUUAUUCUCGCUAUUUUACAUCCGAGUAAAAUGCUCAGUGAAAAGAGAUAUCAAAAGGCGGAAGAUCUUGAGAUGCUAGCCAGUCAUUAUGAGGCUGGACGGAAAACUUAG